AUGUCUGUAUCUAAUUUAUCAUGGUUGAAGAAGAAGUCCCAGUCGGUGGAUAUUACUGCUCCAGGGUUCAACCCUCUGGCCGGUGCAGGAAAGCAGAUGCCACAAGUCAGUAAGGCCCCCGCACCCAAGACACCCAUCAUUGAAGAGGAACAGAACACAGCCAACACCGCCAACACAGCCAACACCCCGAAGCACCCUUCCCGCAGGAGUGAGCUGAAGAGGUUCUACACGAUUGAUACUGGCCAAAAGAAGAGCCUAGACAAGAAAGAUGGGAGACGAAUGUCUUUUCAGAAACCUAAAGGGACUAUUGAGUAUACUGUUGAAUCAAGGGAUUCCUUGAAUAGUAUAGCUCUGAAAUUUGAUACAACACCAAACGAACUUGUCCAGUUAAAUAAAUUAUUCUCCCGAGCAGUUGUUACUGGACAGGUUUUAUAUGUUCCUGAUCCUGAUUAUGUUUCCAGUGUGGAGAGCUCUCCAUCACUAAGCCCCAUAAGUCCCCUGUCACCAACAUCAUCUGAGGCUGAAUUUGAUAAGGCCAUUAAUCCUGAUGAAGUGCACCCGAAAGAAACAACUCCCUCGUCUACAUUUACUGGUAUUCGACCUGCACGAGUUGUAUCUUCAACUUCUGAAGAGGAAGAAGCAUUUACUGAGAAGUUUCUAAAAAUUAACUGCAAAUAUAUUACCAGAGGCAAGGGCACAGUCAGUGGUGUGCUCCUAAUUACACCAAAUAAUAUAAUGUUUGAUCCACAUAAAUCUGACCCCUUGGUUCAAGAGAAUGGCUGUGAGGAAUAUGGGAUCAUGUGUCCAAUGGAAGAGGUGAUGUCAGCUGCAAUGUACACAGAAAUUUUGGAUAGCAAAAUAAAGGAAUCCUUACCCAUAGAAAUGGAUCAGUUAUCAGGAAGGGACUUCUGCCACUUAAAGAAAAUGACAAGAAGUAAUACUGAUGAAACAGACUCAAGAAUCCGAGAUGUGGUUAAUGAUAGUGCCAGCACUGCUCCCAGGAGAAUGGAGGAGUCCCUUUCUGAAGACGUGUUCACAGAAUCAGAACUUUCUCCGGUUCGGGGGGAGCUUGUCUCUUCAGAUGAGCUGCGACAAGGUAAAUCGUCCGGUGCAUCAUCAGAGUCUGUGCAGACUGUCAAUCCGAGUGGAAUAGAAUAUUCGACACUCAUAUCAGAAUCUACUACUCCUUCAGCUACUCCUGAUCAGUUAAAAUCUGAUUCUGGACAUUCUACAAAUGAAGUUGGGGCUCUUUCUCUUAAAACUGAUUUAAGUAAUCUCAAAAUGGCCACUAAAGAAGGAGAUCGGGCAACAGAUAAUGUUCAAGAAAUAUCAGACCCUAAAGAAGGAAGCAUAAAUAUUAAAGGUAAUGCAGACCAGGAUUUUCUUAACGAGACAUCUCUGCACCAAGAAGUGGAUGAAAAAGAAAGUAUGCCUUGUGGGGAAGCAACAGAAUUCAAACAAAAGCAAACUGUCACAGGAGAUCAAGGGAAGGAGCAAAAUCAGGACUCGGAGACAGAGGUGGAAGAGCUCCGGAAGCUCUGGAAAACCCAUACUAUGCAAGAAACUAAACAGCAGAGGGACAAUAUUCAACAGGUAUCACAAAAGGAAGUUAAGCAUAAAAUAGCAACAGUUGAUACAGAAGGUUCUUUACUUUUAAAAGAAAAGAGAAGGCAUCAGUUACAUAAGUUCUUUCGUCUCAGAGUUGGAAAACCAAUGAGGAAAACAUUUGUAUCCCAAGCAAGUGCAACAAUGCAACAGUAUGCACAGAGAGAUAAGAAACAUGAAUAUUGGUUUGCUGUGCCACAAGAAAGGUCAGACCACUUAUAUGCCUUCUUCAUUCAGUGGAGUCCAGAAAUAUAUGCAGAAGAUACUGGUGAAUAUACCAGAGAACCUGGAUUCAUAGUUGUAAAAAAGAUUGAAGAAUCUGAAACAAAUGAGGGUUCAUCUAAUGAAGAAGCAGCCAGAGAAUGGGAGAUUACUACAAGGGAAGACAGCAAUUCAGAGCAGGUUGCUCCAGUGAAGGCAGACCUGGAGUCUGAAUCCUUUAGACCAAACCUAAGUGAUCCCAGUGAACUCUUACAGCCAGAUCAAAUUGAAAAGCUUACCAAGCAUCUUCCACCAAGAACAAUUGGCUAUCCAUGGACUCUUGUUUAUGGAACCGGGAAGCAUGGCACAAGCUUGAAGACUCUUUAUCGGACAAUGUUAGGUUUAGACACCCCAGUUCUGAUGGUGAUUAAAGACAGUGAUGGACAGGUUUUUGGUGCAUUAGCAAGUGAGCCAUUUAAAGUGAGUGAUUGCUUCUAUGGUACUGGAGAGACCUUUGUUUUUACCUUCUGUCCAGACUUUGAGGUCUUUAAGUGGACAGGUGAUAAUAUGUUUUUUAUCAAAGGAGACAUGGAUUCCCUAGCUUUUGGUGGUGGAGGGGGAGAAUUUGCCCUUUGGCUUGAUGGAGAUCUCUACCAUGGAAGAAGCCAUUCCUGUAAAACGUUUGGGAAUAAGACACUUUCUAAGAAGGAAGAUUUCUUCAUCCAAGACAUUGAAAUCUGGGCUUUUGAAUAA